AUGUUCUUUGGCGUCGCAGAGCUCCUGAGUUUCCCAGUGUUUGGCUGGUACAAGUUAUUGAGCCAGGUAGAGGUGCAGUUCUUCCAUGCUCCACUCUCAGAGCAAAAUGAUGGAAAUGAAGAACUUUGGAAUGGAUUGGAGAAAGCCGAGCUGGUCCCAAGAGACAAGAGCCUUUCAGAAAGCUCCACCAGCAUGAACCAGGUUGAACUCAGUCACUUUAACUUCCGCGCUGUGCUGGGGAUCGGGAGAUACGUCAAGGUCCUGAUGGCAGAGAUGAAGACUUCAAAGGAGCUGCAUGCCAUGAAGAUGCUGAGGAAAGACAUGGUGAUUCAAGGUGACUAUAUAAAGUGCGCACUGGUGGAGAAGAGGGUGCUGGCUCUUGUAAGUCUCCCUUCAUCACCCACCCGCAGAAUUGCGCUCGUUGAAAUGCUGGUAGGAGAUCCUCUGGUUUUGGGGGAAGAAGAUCUCCUGUACAAGGCCAUAUUCUAUUCUUUGAGCCUGUCUAAAGAGGCAGUUUCUGUUUGCAAAAGGCUGCUGACCAAGGAGCCAUUGGAGCGCCUGGGCUGUGGUCUGGGAGGAGAGCGCAACAUCCGGGGACAUUUCUUCUUCCGGUGCAUCGACUGGGAACGCCUCCAGAGCAGAGAGAUCCAACAUCUGUUCAAGCCCCUAAUGUGCAGCAAAGGGGCGAAGAACGUAAUUCACACACAGCACAGAGACCAGGAGCGUGUGGCCUCUUGCAUGUUCACGUGUCAGACUCAGGUGAUUAAUGACCAGGGCCAGCUCUCCUCCAAAUCCUCCCACUUGCCUCCCCUCUCUACCACAUCCUCUCACUCGCCUCCCCCCUCUUCCACAUCCUCCCACUGGCCUCCCCCCUCUCUCCCCCUGUCACUCUCCUCAGCAGACGUCGUACUAAUGCAGUCCGGCACACGGCAGGCUUUGACAGGCCGCCUUUGGUCGCCGAACUGA